CAAGGUAGGGCAAUCGGGGCUACAGCCCGCCCCCCGACGCCGAGCUGUGGUGUGAAGCCUCGUCUGUGCAGCUGGUGGUAAAGGGGAUAUAGGAGCAAGCCAAAAAAGACCAGGACCCAGCGCCGUGCCGCUGUGGGCCCACCCCUCGUCUCCCGGCACCAAGGCUGUUGGAGCCCGGGGUGUUUUUUCCUUGUCCUCGCCACUUCCCAGUCCCUGGCCCAACAUGAUACUGACCAAAGCCCAGUACGACGAGAUAGCCCAGUGCCUAGUGUCUGUGCCGCCUACCAGGCAGAGCCUGAGGAAGCUGAAGCAGAGGUUCCCCAGUCAAUCGCAGGCCACUCUGCUGAGCAUCUUCUCCCAGGAGUACCAGAAACAUAUCAAAAGAACACAUGCCAAACAUCAUACUUCAGAGGCGAUUGAAAGUUAUUAUCAGAGGUACCUGAAUGGAGUGGGAAGAAAUGGAGCUGCCCCAGUGCUCCUGGACCUGGCCAAUGAGGUGGACUAUGCACCCUCAUUAAUGGCUCGGAUUAUACUAGAGAGGUUUCUACAAGAGCAUGAAGAAACUCCACCCUCCAAGUCUGUUAUAAAUAGUAUGCUACGGGACCCUUCUCAGAUUCCAGAUGGAGUUCUAGCAAAUCAGGUCUAUCAGUGCAUUGUGAACGACUGCUGUUAUGGACCACUGGUAGACUGCAUCAAACAUGCCAUUGGUCAUGAGCAUGAAGUCCUGCUGAGAGACUUGCUUCUGGAGAAAAGCCUGUCUUUCCUAGAUGAAGAUCAGCUCCGUGCCAAGGGUUAUGACAAAACACCAGACUUUAUUUUACAAGUUCCAGUUGAUUUGGGCCGGGCUUAGUCAUCUAUUGGUACGGCUUUAUCCAGGAACUGGACUGUAACCGGGAAAGGGGCAUCCUGCUCAAAGCCUGUUUCCCCACGGACAUUGUCACCUUAUGCCAUAGCCUAGCUUGACCCCGAUGGUCCUGGAAGAGAAGCCGGGAGGAAAAGGUGAAUCCGGAAGCAAUUUUACUUUCCUGCAAUGUAAACUCCUGGCACCAUCUGCCCUGAACUUGAGCUGAACUCGGGCUGCCCGUGGCCACGCCACUACCUCUUUAGACAAACAUAUCAAGAGUUUCUGUUUUCCUUCAUCCCUUGCUGAUGUGAACAGCCAAGAACUACAGACACAACCCACUCAUUAUCAGCAUUUCUGUCUCUGUCAAACAGUUAGUUUAUAGAUAGUCAUAAUCUUUCUUCCUUCCGGAUGGUUUCUGCUCAUACUGAACAAAAGAAGAAAUGUGGAGACUUGAAAGGUGUGAUUUUUCAAUUCUCCUCCCAGUUCCCGAACCACCCCCUUAUUUUUUUUCUAAGCCUCUAUUCAUUCUUUCUCCCCCCCCCCCCCCCCCCCCCGAUGUCUUCACAUACUCUCACAGGUCCCCAGUGUUAAAUUACCAUCAUGGAAUAAUCUAGCACAAUCAUAGCAGAUUGGAAGACAUGGAGGCUGAAACUAGAUUUCUGCUCUCACCUGCCAGGCUCUAGUAGACCUCGAUGGUAGCCUCUGCUUGUUUUGUCCAGUCUUUACGGUUUCCUGACUUCCCUGGCAUUGAGCCACGCUGAAAAAAUAGACUCGAUGAGAAUUUCCUCUUUUUAUGAUACUUAUUUGAACACCAAAGAUUUUCCAUUUAUCUCAUGUAGAAGUAUUGGUUACAUUGUGUCUGGAAACCACACUCCUUUGGACUGGGGGCAAAAGGGAGACCAUUGAAGCAUGGUGCCAGCCUGGGCAAAAGUUUAUUUUGAGACACGGCUGCUUGUCAGUAUGAAUGGUAGUCAGUAUUUUUAUGCGUACAACUUUUUAAAAGCACAUUCUGUGCACGGCUUUGUAUCUGCAUUUUAUAUGACAUAAUAAUUACAUAACAAUCAGAUAAUUUAGGCAUUAGAAAUGUUCAGCUUUGAACGAAUUAAGUGUACCAGAAAUAAGCCUAGAGAGUUUUCCAAAUAAGCAAAAUAAAAGGGAUUUUGUAUUUGUUUGCUUUUAUCUACUCAGUUUUUACACGGCUAACCAAGUUUCGAUUUAAAGCAAAACAUCAAUAAAUUCAUUAUAAACCUAUCUUUUGGGAGGUUAAAAGCUUAUCUAUACCUGAAAAUGUACUUAUAAAAGACUUGCCCCCAUGUUGAAAAUCUAUUAUAUCUUUUAUAAUGAACAGAUGAAAUUGGGAAAUACUAACAAAAAUAGAACUUCUGCAACCACCUCUAAGUUAUAUACAUGGCUUGCUUCUUUGAAAAGACAAAAUCCACCAUUUGCGCCCUGUUAAUUUUGUACCUAAGGAGGUUUGCAAAUAAGUCUGCCAGCUGCCUUUCCUUUUGAAAGACACAAACACGUCCGGCCCAGACGUGUGGAUUUUAACUCUGUAGUGGGUUGCAUUCCACAAAAGAGGAGGAGGAAAAUGAAAUGGGAAGGAGGUCUCUGUGGCAGACUUGUGUGUCAGCGUACAAUUCUCACGCAGGUUUUGGGAGUGAAAUAGAAUCAUCUGAAACUACUGUUGUCUUUGCACACGCGUGCACACACAUGCACACACUUUAACACUGUUGUUGAGAAACAGUUUUCGUGGCAUGCUCUAAACUGCUUUUUUCUUCUUUAGGAACGAAUUACAUUUCAUCUGCACAGAUGUUGAAAAGCCUGUUAAACCCUUGUCAAGGAUUUGUUGGCUUUGCAUUAAACAAAUUUAUGAUGAGGGCGCACAAAUAAAUUUAAAAAAAUAGAAGAGGUGCUUGCAUUUCGUAUUCCUGCUUAUACCUGGUGCCCUGACAUAAUGUGUUAGAAGAAGGUACUGGUAUUCUCUGGCUACGGCACCACCUCCUGUUGAUGAACAAGGUCUUAAAAUGUGGCCCUUCAACAUGGGAACAAGACCAGUAAGCCAUACAUAGGAUGAUAAAGUUCUCAAGUUUCAAAACUAAGUUUUUUCCCACCUGAAACGAAUGUGAUUAUUCUGUCUACCACUCUUCAGCUGGAAGGGUAUAGGGAGACAAGAGUAGUGUUCCCAAAUUGGAAACUCCAAGCCUCCUUGUUCUUUUUCCUUUUAUGGUAGAAAUCUUUAUCUGUGUUAAACCGGUGUGUGUUGUUUACUUGUUUGUUUUUUUAGUUAAGACAAUAAAAACGGCCCUGGAAAGUA